AUGAGGGCCGAAGACAGCGCAGGGGCCCCUGGGGCCCCGCAGCGGAAAGAUUCGGGUGCAGCAGCAGCAGCAGCAGCGCCAUCUGCUGUUGCUGGGGCUGCUGCAGCCACAGCCGCAGCAACAGACGGAACAGCGACGCUUAAAAAACGCAGCAGAUGGGAUCAGCGCCCAGCUCACCUUCAGCAGCAAACCCCGCAGCAGGAGCAAACACUGCAGCAGCAGCAGACACCGCAACAACAGCAGCAGCUGCUGCAGCAACACCAGCAGCAUCCCCCCAGUGCAGCUCGGGGGUCGACAGGAGAAGGAGCUGCUGCAGGUGCCAGUAGCAGCAGCAACAGAUACAACACCAGCAGCAACUACAGCAGCAGCAGAAACUACAGCAGCAGCAGCAGCUACGGCCACAGCAGCAGCAGCAGCAGCAGCAGCAGCAGCAGCAGCAGCUUUGGGGAGUACCGACAGGAGAGUGGAAGCAGAAGCUCUGCCCCUUUUCACGGCACAAGCCCUAAUACCCCCAGCCAUUGCAGCAGCAGCAGCAGAAGAAGAAGCAGCAGCAGGAGAAGAAGCAGCAGCAGGGACCGCCGCAGCAGCAGCACCAGGCACCAGAGCGGCAGGAGCAGCGGAUGGGAUUGUGUUACUCCAAGUGCAAGCGACAGCAGCAGCAGCAGCAGCAGCAGUAGCAGCAGCAGCAGUGCCCCCUUCAGAAGGGGCUUUGAUGUGGGGCCAGAGGCCGCAGCAGCAAUUCAGGCGUCUCCCUAUCAUCCCCUGUACAAUCAGCAGCAGCAGCAGCAGCAUCAGCGAGGAAGCAGCUACAGCAGAUCGGCGCACUAUUACAGUGAAAGCAAAUUGCGAGAGAGAGCUGGCUGCAGCAGCAACAGGAGAAGCCGCAGCAGCAGCAGGGGUCGCCGCAGCCGCAGCAGGGGUCGCCGCAGCAGCAGCAGGGGUCGCCGCAGCAGCAGCAGGGGCCGCCGCAGCCGGAGCAGGGGUCGCCGCAGCCGCAGCAUAAGCCGCCGCAGCAGCAGCAGGGGCCGGCGCAGCAGCAGCAGGGGUCGACGCAGCAGCAGCAGGGGUCGACGCAGCAGCAGCAGGGACCGCCGCAGCAGCAGCAGAAGCCGCUUGCCCCGGGGAAGAAGGCGGUGGGAUGUUGUAGGUGACCUUCCUGCUGCUGCUGCUGCAGCUGCAGUGCAGCGGGGGGCCCCCACGCCCCCUCCUGCAGCAGCUGCGGUGCAGCGGGGGGCCCCCAAGCCCCCUUCAGCAGCAGCAGCAACAGCAGCAGACUGCAGCACGAAGGCAGCAGCAGCAGUCCCAACAGCAGCAGCAACUCCUGCUGCUGCAGAAGCAACUCCGCAAUGGCAGAGCCCUUCCUGGAGGCCCGCUCCACCUUUGCUGCAGCAGCAACCGCAGCAGCACAGACCGCAACUGCUGCAGCAGGUGCAGCCGCAGCAAGGCAUGCUGCACCAUCAGCAGAUGCAGCUGCAGCAGCUGCAGAAGCAGCAGAUGCAGCAGGUGCAGCAGCAGCAGCUGCUGCUGCAGCGGCAACAACAUAUCAUACAGUCGCCGGUACCAGCGCAACCAUCUGGUUGGGCUUGCAGCGGCCCCGCUGCAGCUGCUGCUACUUCUGCUGCUGCUGCUCCUGCUACUUCUGCUGCUACUUCGGCUGCUGCUGCUGCUCCGGCGAGCCAUUUGACUGUGGGUGGCGCAGCAUCAACUGGCGUCGCUGCAGCAACUGCAGCAGAAGAUCCGGAGGAGACAGCGCGGGUGUGGGGUGCAGCAGCAGCAGCAGAGAUUCGCUCGCUUGCUGAGAGGGCAGACUUGUCUCUGCCUGCUGCUGAUCCUGAAGACCCUUGGGGAGACAGCAGAGAGGUAGAGUUGCAGAAGCUUGAGGCGUGGGGCCGUGCUGCUGUUGCUGCUGCAGUGCAGCGCGGCCUUGGAGGCGCUGCUGCAGCAGACGCAGCACUCGCGGAGUAUAAGAAAGUCCUGCUGCAGCAGCGCCAGGCCCUCGCUGCAGCAGGAACGCCAGUCAAAGAUAUGCACCUCUUCACCGACUCUCCCAGCAGCAAAUCCCCGCAGCAGCAGCAGCAGCAGCAGCAGCAGCAGCGAGGCAAUCGUUCACAGAGCCGUGGAAGAGACAGCGGGAUAAGAUCUAAGAGACGCUCAUUGAGUCCCCAUGAAGCAGCUAAACCAGCAGCAGCUGCAGCAACUGCAGCAACAAGGACCAAAGGAAAAGCACCAACAACAGCAGCAAGGAAGCUACCGUUUGCUGAGCGGCAGCGAGACAAAGAGUCUGCUGCUGCUGCUGCUGCUGCUGCUACAAGAAGUGCAGCAGCAGCGGCAGAUGGCGGUGGAAGCAGUCCCACCGAAGCAGUUGAUUCUACUCAGCAGCAGGAGGAAGCUGCUGCUGCUGCUGCUGCUGCUGAGGAGCUGGAACCGAAGGGAGCCGCUGCUGAGCAGCAGCCGCGCAGCAGUUUAGUCAAAAAGGGGAAGCCAAGCGGUGCCGCUGCAGCAGCAGCAGCAGCAGCAACAGCAGCGGCAGCAACUGUAGCACCUACAGCAGCUGAAGAAGAAGGAUCACUAAAGAGGGACCCUGCAAACGCGGCAGCAGAUGCAGGAGCAGCAGCAGCUGCUGCUGCAAAAGCAGCAGAAACAGCUGCAACAGCAGCAGAAACAGCUGCAACAGCAGCAGAAACAGCUGCAACAGCAGCAGCAGCAACGGAAAUGGAUGUCGUAGAAGACAGGGACUAUAAACGUAGCGAAGACAUCGACAAUUCUGAAGCUUCUGCUGUAGUUGCUGCUGCUGCUGUUGCUGCUACUGCAGCUGAGGCUGAGGCAGCGGUGGGCCCCACACCAGGUGCUAGUUCUUCACAGGAUACAAACAAACAGCAGCAGCAGCAGCUAGAAGGAGCGGAAGAGGCAUCGAAGCAGCAAAGUCUUGAAGACGCCGACGGAGCAGAGGCAGCAGAUGCACCAACGGCACAGCAGCAGGAGGAGCAGCAGGUGCAGCAGGAAACGCAGCAGGAGGAGGAGCAGCAGCAGCAGCAGGACCAUCAGGAACGCCCGCCUGCUCAACAGGAAGCUGAGAAGAAGAGGGAGGAGAUCGAAGAGCAGCAGCAGCAGCAGCAACAACAACAGCAGCCGCAGCAACCGGAGCAACAGCAGGAGCAGCAGGGAGAGGAGUCGCUGCCUGCAAAGAAGGGGAAGACUCAGAAGGCAGCGGCAGCAGCCAAAUCCAACAGCAGCAGCAGCAGCGCUAGCAGCAAGAAGAGAAGCAGCAAGUCAGGUGAAAUUCGGGUGUCUCGGGAGCUGUGGGGUUUGCUGCAGGAGAACUACCAGCCUAUAGAGCCGCGUAGGAGUGCAGCACGGAGCAGCAGCAGCAGCAGCAGCAGUAGCAGCAGCAGCAGCAGCGCGAGUACAUCAGCAGGUCGCAGCAGCCAGACGAAGAGCGCUGAAGCUCCCUUGAAAAAGGAGCCGAAGCAGCAACAGCAGCAGCAGCAGCAGCAGCAGCCCAAGUCUCACGAAAAGCAGCAGCAACAAAAGCAGCAAGUGAAACAGCAGCAGCAGAAAGAGCAGCAACAGAAGCAGCAGCAGCCAUUAGCAGCCGAGGGAGAGACAGCAGCGAGCGGCCGAGCCGCUUCUUCGAGAGCAGCAGCAGCAGCAGCAACAACAACAGCAGCAGGUGAGGCAGCAGCAGCGGAGGCCCAGCUGGAGAAGCAGCAGGGGAGUAGACCGGCGGCACCAGCGCGGGGCAAGGCAGCAGCAGCAGCAGCAACAACAACAACAACAGAAGCAGCAGCAUCACCUGUAGUAAAGGCGGAACUGCGCCCAGCAUCCCCUCUAACAGCAGCAGCAGCAGCAGCAGCAGAUGCACCGGAGUCUGCUGCAGCGGAGGCAGCGGAGCCUGCGCCGCCUUUGAAGGGCCCUCAAGACACAACAGCUGCUACUGCUGCAGCAGAAGGUGAAGGCUUGGAGUCGCUGCUGGCUGCUGCUGGCAUUCGCCUAACACGGACGAUGCUGAAGCAGCUGCAAGAACCAGCGGACCCUCAACAACAACAGCAGCAGCAACAGCAGCAGCAGCAGCGACAGCAACCUGCACAGCGGCCAGCCAAGCCUGCAGCACCGAAGCCAGCAGCAGCAGCAGCAACAGCAAAAGAGAAGGAGGCCCCAGAGGAUCCCUUCGCUGCCUACGGGCAGAAGCUGGAGUUUCGUGAAGAUAGACAAGGGUGCCGCGUACGAGUGGUGCGGGCGUGGAGAGAGCGACAGAGCACAGACUCAUACGAUUGGGCCGAAGGCAUUUUGAAGUUUUAUUUGCCCAAGUAUAGAGCUGUCUUUAUUCAUUUUCUGCUCUGCAGCAGCAAGCAAGACAUCUGCACUCCAGCAGAUGCACCGUCGCUGCUGCUGCAAGGAGACAGUCUCCCUCUCUCCCCCGAAGAGACACAUAGAGGGUGGUUCUCUAUUACCACAGAUAUUAUUCGGCUUGUAAGCAGCACUCCUGUAUGGAGACGCCCUGAUUUGUUUCUCCCGCUGCAGCAGCAAAAAGAUAAAACACUCCCGCUCAAACACAUCCAGCAGCAGCAGCAGCAGCAGCAGCAGCAGCAGCUAACCGAUGCCGCUCCAGCAGCAACAGAAGCACCAGCAGAAAUGCUACAGGAUGCACAAGACCCCCAAAAAAGCAGUCCUACUGACAGCAGCUGUGACAGCGCCUGCACCAGCAGCACCAGCAGCAGCAGGAGCAGCAGCAGCAGCAGCACCCAUCGAUGCCGCAGCUGCAGCAGGCCUGUUUACUACAUCAUGACCCCUGGGCAGCUUGUGGAGGCGCCUCCCGAUGUCGAUCCCGCGGAGCUGCUAGCAAGUUAUCCUUCUUGGGUGCAGCCCACAGACGCUGCCCGUGCUGCAGCAGCAGCAGCAGCAGCAGCAGCAGAAGCAGCAGCAACAGCAGCAGCAGAUGCAAGCGUAGGAUCAGGUGCAGCAACAGGAGCACUGGCUACAGCGCCAACCACAACUGCAACCAGCACUGCUACCAGCAGCAGUACCAGCAGCAGCAGCAGCAGCAGCAGCAGCAUGUCGGUAUCUGGUUGCUCUGAAGGCACUGCGGAGUCGGGGGAGGCUGCAUUGAAUCUCUUCUGGGGUUUGCAGUGCAGCUGCUGCCAGCGCGUCUUUCAUGCUGCUUGCAUCCGACCGGCACACAGACGAAUCGCCACUGGGGGGAUGUCUCCUCACGCGCUGUGUAUGGAGGCAGCGCGGCACCGGAAGCUCGUAGCAGAGCGGGAGGCGGCGAUAGAGCGGCAUAAGAAGGAGAGAGAAGCAGCAGCAGAAGGCAGCAGCAGAAGGAGCAGCAGCAGCAGCAGCAGCAGCAACAGAGAAAGCAAGUACUACCGCUACGAGGCUGUCCCUUCACAGGCUGCUGAACAGCAGCACCAGCAACACCAGCAGCAGCAAGAUUCGCUUGAGGAUGGCGGAGCUCUGGGGUCGCUGCUGCUGCAGCAGCAAUCGGAAGAAGGCGCCGAUGACGCAGUGCAGGGGUUCUGCUGCCGUAGAGUUGUGUGCCCGUGUGGGUGUAUUGCGGCGCUGUUGCCUCCUCUUCCCAAGAGCAGCAGCACCAGCAGCAACACCAGCAGCAGCAGCAGCAGCAACACCAGCAGCAGCAGCAGCAGCAACACCAGCAGCAGCAAGAGCAACAUUAGCAGCAGUAGCAGCAGGAUCCUUAGCUACAGCAGGGCAUCUGAAUUCUCCUCACUAUCACAGCAGCAGCAGCAGCAGCAGCAGCAGCAGCAGCAAGGUGGUGUGCUAUUGCGUUUGCUGCAGGGCUUCCGGCGGCAGCAAGAGGCGCGGCUGCUGCGGCGCUCCUUCUCUCUUAGUCGCUUCUGUACACUCCCGCUUGCAUUUUCAAGAGCUCAAUCUGCUCUCCUCUCUAGACAAGGUUCCCUUCAUUGGAGGCUGUCUAGACACCCGGGAGAAGAAGUAGGUCUUAAAGACGAACCAGCAAACCACGUCUUAGUCCCUGUCAAGCUUAAGCACCAACACCAACAGCACCAGCAGCACCACCAGCAGCAGCAGCAGCAAGAGCAGCAGCAGCAGCACCAGCUGCAGCAGCAAGAACAGCAGCAGCAGGAGCAUCAGCUGCAGCAACAAGAGCAGCAACUGCAGCAAGGGGACUGCAUGCAGGAGGACACAGAAAAACAAGUUCAACAGCAUAGCGAAAAAGAGGAAUCUAUGCAAGUCGAUAGCCAGCAGCAGCAGCAGCAACAGCAGCAGCAGCAACAGCAGCAAGAUAUGCAGCCGGAGGGACGACAGGAGCAGCAGCCAGACCAGCAGCUGGAAGGGCAACAGGAACAGCAGCAAGACCAGCAGCAGCAACAAGGCCAACAGCAGCAGCAAGGCGAACAGCAGCAGCAGCAAGGCCAACAGCAGCAGCAAGGCGAACAGCAGGAGCCGCAAGAACCGGAGCAGCAGCAGCUGGACCACCAAGACGACCAGCAGCAGCAGCAACAGCAGCAGCAGCAGCAGCAGCCGGAGGCAGGCGUGAAGGCUGCAGAGGGAGUGAAGCUGAAGGUGCAGCUAUUUCCAAACCCCCGUACAAUACUGGGGCUUGAAGAGGGGGGAAGAAAUGAUCGGGGUGUACGCACACCGUGGGCUCCAGUGCUGCACGGGUCGUCAUACCGCUGCGACUCCUGCCGUCGGUGCACGAGCUGCGGCUACGUGGAUUUGUAUUGGCCAGAGUAUGCGAAUUGGGACCCGGCUUCCUUUCUUCUCUGCGCCCAGUGCCGGCGCAGCGUCGAUGAGGGUCAAUUUUGUUUUAUGUGUUCGAAGACGUGGGCUGCGGACGGGUCGGGAGGAGACGAUCCCACGGGCAGCAGCAGCAGCAGCAGCAGCUGUGGGGCCGGAGCAGCAGUUGAGACGUGGGUUCAGUGUGGGGGCUGCAAGGCCUGGAUCCAUACACGAUGCGAUCCCAGGUUGGCGAAGGGGCUGCAAGACCCGCAGCAACUUAAAACCAUCAAAUACAGGUGCCCUUCUUGCCGUUCUCCUUCUCGACGUCUUCGUUAUGAACGCAUUGUUGCAGAGCUGAUGUCUCAAGACCGCACCGGUGAUUUUUCUUUCUUACCUGCUGCUUCUUUUUCGCUGUACUGGCGCGUGGUGCAGCGGCCGAUGUGUUUAUCGAUGGUAGCUCAGAAGCUCCGCAGCAGCAGCAGCAGCAGCGGGAGCAGCAGCAGCAGCAGCAGCAGCGGGUACAGCUCUUUAGGGGCUUUCUUGGGGGAUAUUGCCCUUAUUAUUCAAAACAUCAAAACCCUCUAUAUGCCAAACACACGACAUUAUAAAGCUGCAGCAGCAAUGCAGCGAAAGGCUAAUGAACUUCUUGCAGGUGUAUUGGAGCUGCCGCAUAAGGAGCCCCUCGCUCUCCUUGAUGCUCACCCAGAACAUCCCCCCUGCAGCAGCAGCAGCAGCAGCAGCAGUGGCAGUGGCAAGGCUGCAGCAGAAGGCAGCAGGGUUACCGCUGCGGAGGAGCGCAGCCUGGAGAAGCAAGAAAUGCAAAAAGCAGGAACAGAGGCCCCAGGUGCAACAGCAGCAGCGCCUGCAGCAGCAGCAGCAGCAGCAGGAGAUGGAAUAGAUUCUGCUGCACCGCAAGCUAAGCCGUCAUCAGGGCUUCGGCGAGGCAGCGCAAAGGGAUUUACGAGGAGCAGAAAUGCGCCUGCUGCAGGAGCAGCAGCAACUGCUGCUGCUGACGCUCCAGGUGACGCGGCAGCAGCAGCACUGACAACGCAGCAGCUGCUGCAGCUCAACUCCCCCGCUGCUGUCAAAGCUCUGCGGCAGCUGCUGCGCAACCAGAAGCCCCACUUCCCUUGUGGCUUUCCUCUCGCUCCUCUUGCAGCUCUGCCCUGUCGCCUGCCUCCUCCUGCUUUGCCCUGGUGCUUCAGCAGCAGCAGCAGCACCAGCGAAGACGACGGUAUUCACGAUUUCGUGCUGCCGCGAACGUUUCUGUCGCUCCCGCAGCCGCCCCCACCUCCGAAGGGACAGCCAAUGUAUUUGCUGCAUCUGCCUGUACACCUGAGCAGAGAAGCAGCAGCUGCAGUCUCCGACGCACGGCAGCACCAGCCCGAGCAGCUGCAGCAGCAGCAGCAGCAGCAACAGCCCCAUGCAACCAGCCUGGAAGCAAGACGCAGUGCAGCAGCACAGAGAAAGAAGCGAAAGAAAGAUGCCGAUGCGCAGCAGCAGCAGCAGAUGCAGCCGCUGCCGAAGCGUCCAUUUGCCCCAGGCUUGCUUGCGGGUGGAGCAGCAGCAGCAGCAGCAGGCGUGGGUGCUUGUGCACCUGGAGGGGGAGCAGCAGCAGCAGCAGGUGCUGCUGCUGCUGCUUCGACGCUUCAGGUGUAUACUGGAAGAAUGCCUUCGUGUGUUGCUGUCUUUGCUGCAGCAGCAGACGCAGUGUCGUACUUAAGGGCCUUCCACUGUUUGUAUGGUGUACCAGCUCGUGAGCCGCUGUCUGCUGCUGCUGCUGCCCUGGCAGCAGCAGCAGCUGCUGCUGCAGAUGCAGCAGCAGUGCCCGAGCUGUGGCAAGACUGCUGCAGCAUAUGCGGCUCCUUUGCUUACUCGCAGUUGCUGCUCCACUGCAGCAGCUGCGGCGAAUCUUUUCAUUCCUUCUGUACAGGCGUGCCUCCGCCUGGGGCCCUCAUGAAGAAGCAGCAAGUGCUGCUGUCCCUCUGCAGCAGCAGCAGCAGCAGCAGGUGCGAUGAGGCUGAGUUUCCGCUGACAACAGCAAAAUGCCCCGCUUGUCUUUCUUGUGUUGCUUGUGGAGAAGCAGCUCCUUGUCUCUCUACUUGGGACCCGCGCAACAUCAGAGACAGAGCAGCAGCAGCUGCAGCAGGGAUGCUAGCUGAAGAGCAGCAGCAGCAGCUGCGCAGACGCAGACAGCGAGGCAACCCCGAGUCCGAUGCAGUGAAUGUUGCUGCUGCUUCUGCUGCUGCUGAUCGCAUGCUUGACGUUUGCAUCUGCAGCGACUGCGGGGCUGCUGCACACAGCCGGUGUCUAUACAGGGUUGAGGAGGUCCUGGCGAAGCAGGACCUGCUGCAGCAGCAGCCGCAACAGCAGGGAUUACUGCAACAGGCACUGCUGCAGCAGCAACCGCAGCACCGGGAAAGGCUGCAGCAGGAGCAGCAGGGAUCGUGGCUGCCGCUACCGUCGAUGGCUGAGCAGCGGCAUGCUGAAUCAGGGGGUGCUUCUCUUUUGGAGAGCAGCAAAGACUUCAGAGGGACUAGGAGCCAGCUGCAGCAGCAGCAGCAGCAGCAGCAGAGGACACCACGCGGUUUUGCAGUAGCUGCUGCUGGCGUCCCUGCUGCACGGACGACGCCUACUGCUGUUUCAGACGUCUUGCAGGAGAAGUUGGGCACCGAGGCUGCUGCCGCACAGCCGCAGCAGCAGCGGUUAGAUCAGCAGCUACAGCGGCUGCUGCAGCACCAGCCGCAGCAGCAGGCGCUGCAGCAGCAACCUCACAGCUUGCUGAUGCAGACGCAGCAGCAGUCGCUGGCAACUCAACAGAAAGUCUCGUCGCAGCUGCAGCAGCAGCUUCAGCAGCAGCUGCAGCAGCAGCUCCAGCAGCAGCUGCAGCAGCAGCUCCAGCAACAGCUCCAACAACAGCUCCUCUUGCAGCAGAACACGCAGCAGCAAGCGCAGCAGGCACAGCAGCAGCAACAGCAACUCCGGCAGCAGCACUUACAGCAGCUCUUACAAGAGCGAAUGGACAGUCUCCAGAGACAGCUUGGUGGAGCUGCUAGACAGCAGCAGCAGCAACAACAGCAGCCGCAGCAGUGCCCGCAGCAGCAGCAAGAGACUGAGCAGCCCUUGACGAUGCUUAGGACGGCGAUGCUGCAGCAACAGCAGGCUCAGCAGCAGCAAAUUUUGCAACGGGCGCAGCAGCAGCACGGAUAUCAGCAGCAGCAGCAUGUGCUGCAGCAGAUACGGACACAACAGCAGCAACAGCAACAGCAACAGCAAGGACAACAGCAGCAGCAGCAGCAAGUGGUCGCCCGGGCUUCGCCGCAGCAGCAGAAUAAAGGUGAUGGGCAUUUGGCAGCAGCUUCAGCACAUUCUGCUGCAGGAGGCCCCCAGCUGGUGCUACGGCAGGAGCAGCAUCUCCAGCUGCAGCAGCAGCAGAUCCAGCUGCAGCAGCAGCAAAUGCGACUGCAGCUGCAGCUAGAGAAGUUGCGAGGGACUCCAUCAACAGCUUCAUCUGGCAGCAACACUGCAGCCUCCCGCGUUGCUGUUGCCCAUUCUGCUGCAUCAGCGGACGCAGCUGGUGCAGCAGAUACUGCAGCUGCAGCAGCUCCUGCUGCAUCACAUUCAUUUGAUAUUUAUCGCCCUCCUCCUCCAGCAGCUGGUGCUUCAGUCCCUCUUGCUGCAGCAGCAACGCCUCAAGCAGCAGCAUCUGCUGCUGCUGGAGAGACCGCAGCAGGCCAAGGGGCAGGAGCCGCAGCAGCAGGAGCCGCGACAGCAGCAGCAGCAGCAGCAGCACCAGCUGCAGCACCUGCUGCUGCUGCUGAUGCCUCGCCAGACUUGUCAGGAACGCCUUUAGAUGCGGCAGAGCCCUCCGACGCCGUAGAUGAGCAGAAGCAGCAGCAGCAGCUGCAGGCAGACCCUUGCCAUUGUCAGCAGCCUCCCUCUCAGCAGCAGCAGUACAACCAGCUGCAGCAAGGGGACUCGCUAACGCAGCCGCCGCUGCGUCCUACCUCUGCCCAUGCAUUUCAGCAGCAACAGCCCGAGCAACAACAACAGCAGCAGCAGCAGCAGCAGAUCCCCUCGGUUUCUCCAAUGCUUGGAGAUGGCAAUGCCGCAUCAGCAGCAGCAGCAGCUGCUGCUGCUGCGGCAAGCAACAAUACCCCAUACAGUGCCGACCCUGCUGUGCUGAAGCAGCAGCUGCUGCAGCGUCAAUCCGCUCUUAUCUUAAGAAAUGAGCAGCUUAUUCAGGCGUUGCAGGGGCAGGCGGGGCUUCGCAUGUUUGGUGCUGCUCCUGGUGCUGCUGCUGCCUCUGCUGCUGCUGCGCCAGGGCCUAGGACGGUAGCGGUGGCGCAGCAGCAGCAGCAGCAGCGCCUGCUGCAGCUGCAGCAGGAUUCCGUGUCUGCAGCCACAAGACAGCUGGCGGCGCCGGCUGCUGCUCUUGCAUUUGAUGCCUUUGAGUCCAAGGCGUCCGACGCCUCGCUGCAGCAGCGGCAGCAGCAGCGGCAGCAGCAACGGCAGCAGCAGCAGCAGCAGCAGCAAGUAAAGCACCACCAGCUUCCGUCACCAUCCUUGCAGCGCCAUUGGCUGCAGCGGCCGGUUCUGCAGCAGCAUCUGCUACAGGAGCCGGAGCAGUCCUUAUCUGGAGCCGCACCCUUGCUGCAGCAGCAGCUGCUGCAGCAACAACUGCUGCAACAAGUGUCGCUGCAGCCGCGUGCAGCCACUCCUGGAGGAGGCAGCAGUGUGGGGCUGACCUCUUUGCAGCAGCAGCAGCUUCGACUAGGGCCUUGGGGCGUUGCUGCAGACCCCAUGGCCUCCUCUCAGGGAGCGUCAGCAGCAAUGCUGUUGCAUGCGCAGCAGCAGCAGAAGCAGCAGCAGCCAGUGGUGGUAAGGGUGGAGAGCUGCUCCUGGUAUCGGUGCGGGAGGCUCUCGCUGCUUUGCGGGGACUGCAGCAGCACCAACGUGAAGUCUCCGUUGGCCUUACGUGCUGCGCUGCAGCCGCUGCAGCAGGGGCUGCUGCUGCUGCCUUCUGGAGGGGGCGCUCGCCAGCAGCCGGUGCAGCAGCAGCUGCGCGAUGGCUCAGGAGCAGCACCAGAUGCAGCAGCAGGAGCAACGGCCGAAGCAACAACGGGUGCAGCAGCAGCAGCAGCAGCACCGACAACAGCAGCAGUAAACAACUUCAGCAGCUGCCGAGGUGUAGUGACAGUCUGCGCCCUCUGCGGGUCGCUGACGAAGCGUCUGCCUACUGCAGCAGCGAGAACAGCAGGAAUGGGACCCCGCAGCAGCAGCAGCAGCAGCAACAACAACAACAACAAGAAACGGCCUCCUGUGUUUGUGCUGGAUGGGCUCGAGGGGCUGUGCGCCACAUGCGCGGCACUUGCGGAUGACUCGGCAGCAGCAGGCCCUGGAGCAGCAGCAGCAGCAGCAGCAGGUGCUGACCCCACUGCUGGGACUGCUGCGGCUUCUCUGCAGCAGCAGCAGCAUGGCGGCCUGCAGCAGCUGCUGUCUCGUGCUCGUACUGCAGCAGCAGUGUAUUCGCAGCUGCAAGCGCUGCUGGAGCAGACUCUGCUGCCUAUGAUCGACUCUACAGGCAGCAGAUUGGCGGGGCUUCCCAGAAACUCUGCGGGAGCAGCAGCAGCAGCAGCAGCAAACCGGCGACAACUGGAGCAGGCAGAACUGCGGCGAGCUGUGAAUGACCUUACGGGUUAUUUGCUGCGUGCUGUGCAGUGGGAGGAACUGGGCGCGGAGCAGCAGCAGAAGCAGCAGCUGCAGCAAAAGCAGCAGCAGCAGCAGAAGCAGCAGAAGCAGCAGCAGCAGCAGGACGACGAGUUCCGCAAACUUUGCUUGGAUUUGUUCUCCCUGCUGCAUUCCUCUGUCCGCCUGCCUGCUGAGUUGUGGGGUUUUGUCUCCUCGGCGUUGCUGCACUGGCGGCACUUUACGAAGAGAGAGGAGCAGCAGCGCGACCCACAGGUGCUGGUGGCGCUGGCGCGAGCCUGCGAGAAACUAGCAGCAGAACGAGAAGCUGGUGCUGCGCCUGCCGCUGCUGCCACUCCUGUUGCUGCUGCUGUUCCUGCUGCUGCUCCUGCUGCUGCACCCCUGCAGGGCGGCCUGCCUUGUGCUGCAGAGUGGCGAGAGCUGCGCCUCGUCCGGCGCCAGCUCUUCGUCAGGUUGCACCGCGCCGUCUGCAGCAUGGAACGGAGCAGCAGCAGCAACAACAGCAACAGCAGCAGCAGCAGCAGUUGUAACGGCCAAGGCUCCGAUUCGGCGAUUCCUUCGCUGCUUGUGCGUCUUCUUGCUCUGCGGCUUCGCAGUGGAGAUCCAAGGGUUUGCUGCUGCAGCGAGUGCAGCAGCAAAAGCCCGUUUGGUGCUGCUUCUGGCUGUGCUGGUGCAGCAGCAGACAGGCGCUGCUGCAUGCUGUGCGGAGAGACAGGAGACCGAGUCGUGUGUGGGGCCCUGCUGCCGCUGCUAGACGGGUGGGUUCAUGCAGGGUGCUGCUCUUGGGGUGUACAUGCAUGCGCUGGGCUCCCGCUUCUGUCUCCGGAGCUGCUGCAACUCGCCGAUCCGUUUGCGGCUCUGGGGGGACAGCAGCAGCAGCAGCAGCAGCACACCCAAGAAGCCUACCGAGCUUUCCCGUUGAUGCGCAACCUGGAGGGUGCAGCCACGGCAUCAGCAGCAGCAGCAGCAGCCCCUGAUCGCAACGCAGUCACCAGCAGCAGCAGCAGCAGCAACAGCAGCAGCAGGUUCAAGGGGCGUGUGCGCUCCUUCGCUGCUUUGCCAGAGCAGCUGCCACCACUCGAGUGUUCUGCAGAUGCGCUGCUUGAUGCUGCUGCUGCAGCCCGCUGCAGCCGAUGCGCUGCAUGCGGACGCAGUGGAGCCUUCGUGUUGUGCAGCGGCUCGCACCAGACAGCAGCAGCAGGGAAGCCUUGCCGCACCCGCUACCACCUGACGUGUUUACUGCUAGCGGCAGCAGGUCAGACGCCUCUGCAGCAACAGCAGCAGCAGCGACAGCUAGUCACUGCUCGGCCCCGAGUCUUCGUAACUCUGCGUCGCUUUUGGUGUCAGGACUGCUGCGACAAGGGCCGUGAUGCUGCUGCUGCUGCUGCUGCUGCCGGGCUGGGUGUCCCUGACGAUCUAGGAACGCCUUCUUGUGCCCCUGUAGCUGUAGCAGCAGCAACAACACUAGAGGAAGCAGCAGCAGAGGAUCCACUGUUUGUAUUUUUGGAAGGGGUUGGGGGCGGUGCUGCCGCAGUUUUGCUGCGGUUGCUGCUGCAGAGCGUGCGUAUAAAGCCGCUAGCAUAUGGCGCAGCAGCAGCUGCAGCUGCUGUUGCAGCAGCAGCAGCUGACGUUGACGUGCACCCUUUGGGCGCCGCGUUGAAACAACUUCCAGCAGCGGCUGCAGCAGAAGAGGAAGCAGCAGGCCACAGUUCUGGGGCUGCUGCUGCAGCUGAGACGGUGGCGCUGCUGCAGCAGCUUAUCACUGAUGUGCAUGCAGCCCUUUGUGAUGGUUGGUCUCUUCUGUCUCCUGAGUUGUCUCCAUUCGUUGGAGGUCGCUGCUCAGCUGCUUCAGUGCUUUCCUGCAGGCCUGCAGCUGCAGCAGCAGACCCCCUGCUGCAGCAGCAGCUGGAGCAGCAGGUGCUGGCGCCAACUCCGUCUGCGCUGCUGCGGUAUGGGGGCCUCACGUUGUUAUCUUUGGGGCUGCCGCUGCUGUUCGAUGGCAGCAGCAGCAGCUUUUUCCCUAUUGGAUAUUGUGCGGCUCGCCGUUUCUGGCGUGCAGAGGCACCGAGGCAUCUGCACCACCCGUCCUGCAGCAGCAGCAGCAGCAGCAGCAACAACAGCAGCCGCAGCGGCGGCACCCGCACGCUUCAGAGGGCGACCUACCUGUGCAGCAUUACUGCACAUAAGAGACGCCCAUACUUUGUUUUAGACUGCCUUGCUACGCCUGCUGUUGGAGAAACAGCAGCAGCACAAAUGGCAACCGCAGCAGCAGCAGCAAAUACAGCAGCAGCAGCAAAUGCUUGCGCUGCUUGCCGGUGGGGCUGGCGCGUUGCAGAGGGAUUCGAUUUGCAGGCAGUUGUACAGACGCUAAUGCAGUUGCUGCAGCAGCAGCAACAAACGCAGCAGCAGCAAGAACAGGUCUCCGACUCUUCGGCGGCACGUGCCGAUCCAGGAGCGGACAGCAGCAGCAUCAGCAGCAGCACAACCACAGGAGGAUCUGCUGCAGCCUCUUCGGCAUCUGCUGCUGUUACUGACACGCUCACUAAGACCGAUCCGCCCCCUGUUCCGCGCUCGGCGCAACAGGAACAGCCGCAGCAGCAGCAGCAGCAGCAACAGCAGCAGCAGCAGCAGCAGCAGGACAUGUGCGAAGAUGGGGCCGAGCAGCAGCCUUCAAAGCCAAUUGAUUUUUCUGGAAUUCAAGCAGAGGUGUUCUUUGGGUUGAAGUGUCGCUACGUGCAGCAGCGGCUGCACGAAGUAAUCGUGCAGCUGCUGGCUAGUCGAGCCUUACAGCAGCUGCAGCAGCGAGCAGCAGCAAGACAGCGCAAGAGGUGCUGCAGCAGUACCGCCUGGGCAGAUGGCAGUGCAAUAGCAGCAAAGAGGGGGGAGGCUUUCUGCGUGCCGCGGGACCUUCAGUCGUCAGCAGUUAUAAAUGCUGCUGAGGGUGAAGAGCUGUUUACUCGUGUGCAUGCAAGGGCUAAGGCGGACGCAGCAGAUGCUGCAGCAGCGCUUGCAGCGGUAGGGUCGGGCUCUUCUCGCCAUUCUUCUGGCCGUCUGCGUGCACAAGGGAAGAGGGGAUUCGAAGCGCUGUCUCCUGCUGCUUUGUACAGGCUUCUGCAGACUGGGGACCAAGAGGAGCGUCUGGCUGUGAUGCCUUCAAAAAUUCACGGCCUUGGGCUCUUCACUCUGACGCCUCUUUCUCCUGGGCAGCCGGUGGUGGAGUACGUGGGGUCGGUGGUUCGGAAUGUCUUGAGCGACAAGUUGGAGGCGCUGUACGAACUGCAGAGAAACGAAGAUGGGUCUUGUUAUAUGUUUCGCUUAGAUGAUAACUUCGUUGUAGAUGCCACUAGAAAAGGCAGCGUCUCGAGGUUCAUUAACCACUCCUGUGCUCCCAACUGCACGUGCCGCGUCGUUGUAUGCGAACUGGGCCAGAAGCACAUCCUCAUUAUUGCAAAAGAAGAGGUCCCUGCAGGAGCAGAAAUAACGUAUGAUUAUCAAUUUGGCAUUGAGGCAGAAGGAGACAAACUCGUCUGUCUCUGUGGGGCCCCCGGCUGUCUAGGCAGAAUGAACUGA